AGAAAGAAGUUUUGUUCAGAUUAAAGCGUUGUAAAAGCGCGCAAAGCUUACGUUUUAAAUUUCAAUUCAAAAUAAACAUGCUGCAUCAACCGCCAGCCAAAAUUAUGUCCGGUGCGGAGGAGAAUCGUUAUUAUCUGAAGAACUUUAUACAAACAUAUCGCGACCUGCCCGUACUAUGGGACACCACACUGCGGGACUACACGAAUCGCGAGAAACGAGCCGAGGCCUAUAUGCGUCUGGUGCCCAUCUAUCAUUAUCUCAAGCGCGAUGCGACCGUUGAGGAUGUGAAAAAGAAGAUCAAUACGUUGAGGACUAACUAUCGCAAGGAGCUGAAGGUGGUAGAGAGCGCCAUGCGUUCAGGUAAUCUACACACGCCUCGUUGUUGGACAUUUCAAGAAUUGGAUUUUCUGCGAAAUACCGAGAAGUUUCUGGCAGUGAAUCCCAGCUUUAAGCAUGAGCCAUCCUUUGCGUUCAACGAGAACUCCAGCUCCACUGGCAACUUUAUGGACCAUCAGCAACAACACUAUGCCUAUCGGAGUGCCACAGCUGGACAAACACCCAACAUAACAGAAAUGUUUCACAAAUCAUUCGGACAUGUCCACAAGUUGGAUCCACUGCCGCAAGCACCUGCUCCCCUGCCACAGCCAGCUCAGCCCCAAGCCCAUUCACAUACAGACUACGCAGCGACAGCGCCUAAACGUGCGCGCCAAACGCCGCCCACUGGCAGUGGACAUCACAACACAGACGAGCUGCUUAACAUGGCCUGCGAGUAUCUAUCUGGAACAUAUCCUGAGGAGGAGUCCAUUGCACGCACUUGGACGCAUAAGCUCAAGCGCCUGCCGCGAGAGCAGCGGCUGCUUGCCGAGCGCUUUAUCAACGAGAUACUCUUCGAAGCAGAGUCCAAUAAUCUGCAUCGCGGCUCGGUGCAGAUCAACAACAGCUUCGAGCCGUAUGUGCGCUUCGAGGAGCCACCCGCCUGCCAUGACGAACAGGACAAAUCUCAAAGCCCCAGUGUACAUACCUCCAGCGAAUCCACAAAUACGUCCAAGCCUAGCCAAGCAGAACCCAGCAAUGCAGCAAUGCGAGAAUUCUAGAAUUAAGUCUAGCAUUAAGUG